AUGGAAUCAAUUAAAAAAUUUGCCAAAUGGCUACUUGAUAUUGGUGAAGGAAAUGUUGGUGGUGAUAACGAUGGUGACGCCAUUAUAGAGAUACCUGAAGAUUUGUUAAUCAAUGAUGUAUCUGAUCCAAUUCAAAAACGAGCAAUCCUAUCACAUAAAAAUGAAGUAGUUCACGACAUUAACGAUCACUUGCUAGCGUUAUUUCCUGGUGAAGAGAAGGAGUAUUUGAGUUCUGAUAGUAUUUGUCAAACAGAGCAAACGCUUGAUCCGUUUCAAGAAAGUUUAUACUCUACGGAAAAUCUCAAUGCGCUUAAGAUUUCAGGUUUGCAUAAUCACAGAUUAGUACUAAAAUUUGGAGUUCCGGUGAUGCUUCUCAGAAAUAUCGAUCAAAAAAACGACUUAUGUAAUGGAACUAGACUUCAGAUUACUUUUCUUGGUAAACGAGUGAUCGAAGCUGAAGUAAUAUCCGGCGAAAAUAUUGGAUCAAGGGUUUUUAUUCCAAGGAUUAACAUGAUACCUUCAGACAAAAAAAAUCCCUUUUCAAUUUCAACGCAGACAAUUUCGUUAUCCGUAUGCUUUGCCAUGACCAUUAACAAAAGUCAAGGACAGUCAUUAUCUAGAGUUGGUCUAUAUCUAAAAGAUCCUGUUUUCACGCACAGUCAACUGUAUGUUGCGUUAUCAAGAGUUAAGACGAGAGAUGGUGUGAAGAUUUUAAUAUUCGAUGAUGAAGGAAAACCAACAAAUCAAACUGCUAACAUCGUUUACAAAGAGAUUUUUGGCAACUUAUGA